CACAAGCGUCCAAUGCGGAAGUGGCUCCUUCUGUACUAAAAUGUAUAGAAGCAAGAAUUUUGUGUAACUCAGGGGAAAAUUUCAUUAUAUGUAAAUGUCACACUAUAUGUAUAUCCCGAAAGACUUCCAUGUGUUCCGGGGUCGGUAACACUUUUUUGAAAAUUGGUGAAACGGCGGCUCGUGUUUGCAGAGCAGACAGAAACGUAGACUAAACCCAGACUAUAUUGUAUUGAAUAGAUAGUUAAAUUCUAUUCGGGGUAACUUGCGCGGUAUUGACCUGUAAGGAAGGAAAAUAAAAAGGUAUGAGUCACAACAACGUGCCUGGGAUGGAGGCGUCGGCGGUGUCCGUCCUGAAGAGAGCGGUGGAGCUGGACAACAGCUCCCGCUUCCAGGAGGCCAUCGUGUGCUACCAGGAGGGCAUCCAGUUGCUGCUCGAUGUUAUGAAAGUGCUCAAGGAUGAGUCGAAGAAGGCACACUAUCGGGAGAAGAUCAAGGGCUACAUGGAGCGCGCAGAACAGAUUAAAUCGCACCUGGUCCGAGAGAAAGGAGAGGGAAAAUAUCACGAACAGAUUAAAAUUGCAGAGAAUGCUACAGGAUUCAGCUAUGAAACACUUUUCAAGCCUUACAUCAGUGAAGUGCUGACAGAAGUGUGGGUGGAGGACCCCUACAUCAGGCACACCCAUCAGCUGUAUAAUUUCCUACGCUUUUGUGAAAUGCUUCUCAAGGCUCCCUGUAAAGUAAAGACUAUCCAUCUGCUGACCUCUUCAGAUGAUGAAGGGAACUUGUCUCAGCAGACCAGUGCACUAACUGAAAUAAAGCAGUCCCUGCAGACCCAUGGGGUGACAUUAGACAUUCAGUUCUCCUCCACCAUUCAUGACAGAGAAAUCAGGUUCGAUAAUGGCUGGAUUGUCAAGAUUGGAAGAGGUCUGGACUAUUAUAAAAAACCAAAGAGCCGUUUUGCUGUUGGAUAUUGUGACUAUGAUCUAAGACAGUGUCAAGAGACAACAGUGGACGUUUUCCACACAAAACACACAAAGACAUCUUAGCUCCCCGCAAGCUAAACCUGCUGCCUUCAGUUACGUGCUGGACUCCUCAGACACAAGAUGGAAAGAACACUGGGAGGAAACGGUCCUGCUACCAAAGUUCUUAAAUACACUUAUCUGGAUACCUUUGCUGGAUAAGCUAUUAAUUGAUUUUCUGCCUUGCACACUAAAAACCAAGUGCUUUUACACCCACACGCUUUGUUUGAAACCGCUUGUCCCAAGCGGGAUUGCGGGGAGCCGGAGUUCAACCCAGCAAAACAGGG